UUCCCCCCACCCCCUCCUCAACUCCCACCUCUCUACACAGUAUAUAACCGAGAGCUUUUCCCAUCUCACCAAGCACAUCUCCUCUCUCUGAUCCACAAUCCACCAGCUCCUCUCUGUGCUUGCAGGCUCCAGUCAUGAACCCAAAGAUGAACUUGAGCACCCUGCUGAUCGUGUUGCUGUUCUCUCUGGGCCUGGUCUCUUCUGCUCCUCUGGCAAUUAGCACAGGCAACACCUGCUGUCCAAGGACACAGAAGGCAAAGAUCCCGCUGAAACAGAUAGUCUCCUACUACAAAACCAGCAGCAGCUGCGCCCUGCCGGCCCUUGUAUUUGUGACUAAACUCGGAAAACACCGGUGUGUGAAUCCCGCUGAUGGCUGGGUGAAGAGCCAUGCAGCUGCUGUGGACCGCAGGUUGGCCAGCACUCCAGCGAUCAGCACCAGAGCCUAAGGCCUACCGCCCUAGCAGGCUGUCAAUCAUCUACAUUUCACAUUUUAGUCAUUUGGCAGAUGCUUUCAAUCCAAAGCGACUGACAAGUGCAUAGGUUCUUCCACAGGUUAAACGUGUCAAAUCCAUACCCAGUAAAAUACGCAUGAAGUGAUGUUUUGUUUAGUUUUUUAAUGUAUUUAUGUAUGUAUUUAUUUAUUUAUUAAGGGUUAGGGUUAGACAAGAGGGAUAUUGGAAGGGGGGAAAGGGGAAUCAGGCAGCAGGACUAAGGUAUAGUCCUCCCAGCACACACUUCCUGCCAUUCAUGGAAUAUUUUCCUGAUCAUGAUGAAUUGAUUGUAUACAUUGAUUUACUUUCUCAAGUUUCCUGUUAACUUAUUAAAGGAUUUUGUACAUUUCAA